ACACAUACAGGGCAGAUUGACAGUGAACAGAAAACUGAGCCAUAUGUUAAUAUCCAGUGGUGGCUUACAUAGGAAAAGAAAGUUGAAGAAAGACAAAAUGGGAUAUACAGGAGUCCCCGGGUUACAAAUGUACAAUUUAUGGACAACUCAUACUUGCCGUUUAAAGUUACGUAAAUUUGUCCACACUUUGAAAUGAUUGAACCAACCCUACUAGAUACAAAUUCACCAUCACAAUCACCUUUACUUGUUGCGUGCACAGAUUUUAAAUCACUGAAAAGGCUUUGAGUCUUUUCUUGCACUAAAGGCUAAAUAAGAACCAUAUGAACCUGUUCUGGCUUACCUACAAAUUUGACUUAAAGACACACUUAGAGAAUGCGUCUUGUUUAUAAACCAGGAACUGUCUGUAGAUGGGUUGGGUUGUGCAAAAUAUCACACUUUUUUAAAAGCUACAAUUCCAAAUAAUUUGAAUUAACUCUAGUUUUAUAUAACUCAUUUAUACAUCACUUCAUCUAGGAAAACUUUAUUAUUUAUUCUCUCUGUAUCGAAGGCAAUGGGUUUUUUGGGGGGGGUUAUAUAAAAACAAAAUAUAUCUUAUUGAGAUCAUAUCCUAACAUGAAUUCUACUGAACUCAAAUAAUUAUCCUAUAUUGAAUAGUACAUUUGAAGCACUAUUUUGCCUUGUUUGGAUAUUUUCUGAUUUAUUUUAUUAAAAUAAUAUUAAUUAAGGUCAAUCCUUUCCUGUAUACAUUUUAUACAAAAAUUAUAUUUAUUGACCAGAUUUUGAUCAUAGAAAAUUUCCCUGGGGGAAAUAAACUGCAUAGUAACUUUUGCUUAUUGGCCAUUGUUCUAUUAAGUAAAGUUUGCUGGGUAUAAUUUGCAGAUCUAAAUUUUCAUAAGAAGAUUUGGUCUAUUUAUCUAAUUUCAAAACCUAGUCCCAGUGCAGUCGAGUUGAUUUCGACUCAUAGUGACCCUAUAGGACAGAGUAGAACUGCCCCAUAGAGCUUCCAAGGAGCGCCUGGCGGAUUUGAACUGCUGACCCUUUGGUUAGCAGCUGUAGCACUUAGCCACUAGGCCACCAGGGUUUCCUAUAAAGUUUUAGUGAAAUAUAAAUUAGCCUAGUCUACUGUUUGGCAUUGCAAGUUCUAUUUGUAUUAUUUUUGCCUAAGUAAUACAAAUAUAAUUUUCUCAUCAGUUAAUGAACAAUUUUAACAAAAUGCCCUUUGAAGUCAUAUUCUUUGUUCCUGUAAAUAUAGGUGAAAAGAGGAAACAAACGAGACAAUCCAAACAGAAACAGUCAGCCUUAAUCAGGCAGCCCUAAGUCAUCAUGUUCAAUCUCAAUGGCACAAUCUUUAUGCCCCCUUUGCUGACACUGAUUGGGAUCCCUGGCUUGGAGUCUAUUCAGUUCUGGAUUGGAAUUCCUUUCUGUGCCAUGUACAUCAUUGCCAUCUUUGGGAAUUCCCUGCUUCUUGUCAUCAUCAAAACUGAACGCAGUCUCCAGGAGCCCAUGUAUCUCUUCUUGGCAAUGCUUGGAGCAACAGACAUUGCUCUCAGUACAUGCAUCCUACCCAAAAUGCUAGGUAUAUUCUGGUUCCACUUACAAGAGAUAUAUUUUGAAGCCUGUCUCUUGCAGAUGUGGCUUAUUCACACGUUGCAAUGUAUUGAGUCAGGUAUUCUGCUGGCCAUGGCCCUGGAUCGCUUUGUGGCAAUCUGUGACCCCCUGAGACAUGCAACCAUUUUUACCCACCAACUUCUCACUCAGAUCGGGGUUGCGGUGACACUCAGAGCUGCCCUCCUUGUAGCUCCAUCUCUCAUCCUCAUCAAAUGCCGCCUGAAAUUCUACAGGACCACUGUGGUCUCCCACACAUACUGUGAGCACAUGGCCAUUGUAAAAUUGGCAAUAGAAGAUGUUCACGUCAACAAGAUCUAUGGUCUGUUUGUGGCUUUCAGCAUACUAGGAUUUGACAUCAUCUUCAUCACACUCUCCUACAUUCAAAUAUUUAUAACUGUCUUCAACCUGCCUCAAAAGGAAACAAGACUCAAAGCCUUUAAUACCUGCAUUGCCCACAUUUGUGUCUUCCUAGAAUUUUAUCUCUUGGCUUUCUUCUCCUUCUUUACACACAGGUUUGGGUUCCACAUCCCAUCCUACAUUCAUAUUCUUCUGUCCAACCUUUAUCUUCUUGUCCCACCUUUGCUCAAUCCUAUAGUUUAUGGGGUAAAGACCAAACAGAUUCGAGAUCGAGUGUUCAAGAUUUUGUACUCUAAGGACGCUUCUUGA